UAUCUCCCAUUGCAUUGCUCUACUAGCUCUGUCGAACCUUUACAUUUUCACUCUCCGGAGUCCCAACACAAAGUCCGCGCUCUGCCGAGAUAAAAUUAUCUCUUCUAUUAAUUUAUAACGCGGAGGGGAAGGCAUUUUUUUCCUCUUAUCAACGCCAAAUUUCCCUCAAUUAAACCACCUACCUUCAAAAUCAGCCUUCUAUAUUUCCAGUCCCAAUCGCAAUGUAUGCCACACGAGUUCUACGCCAGGCAGCAGCCCACGCCGAGCGCACUCCCUUGAUCCGAUUUAUCGGCAAGCGAUCCGUGCCUAAAAAUGUAGAUCACACCCCGCAACCGCACCCUGCUUCCCCCAGCGGUGCCCUCCCGUCUGGCUUUAGCAACGGCAACUCCCACUCGUCUUUCUCCUCGUAUCGCGACCACGCCCAGCAGCAUGGUCCUCUACGUAAGACUAUCGGCGCCGCUGGUAGCAUUGGCGCCCAAUCCGCCGCUCAUCUGGGCCCCGUUGAACCUUCGAAGGGCGUGUACUUCGACCGCAACGAGCUUCCCGAGCGCUUCCGCCGCGUCCCCCUCACCGCAGCCGAGAUCGAGGCCAUUGAGACCGGCGGCGCUGCUCUAUUCGGUUGAGUUUCCGCCCCGUCGCGGUGGGCGCAAAAGGCGGUUACAGCCGUACAAGUGUAACAAAUAUACGACGUCUGACUUGCCGUGAUCUCAGUGUUGGAGCAGAACGGCUGGAAGGCCGUAUGCUUUACUACCGGCGGGUUAUGUUUUGGUGCCGUUUGAUAAUGAACGACCUGAAAAGCGCUGAGCCACAACUUCCUCGGUGUGACGAAAGAUUCGAGUGGAUCAACUAACACACUGGUUAUCCAUCAGCUGAAUGAGGGGCUUCUAUAUUCUAUGUAACAUGUCACUGGCUUUGGAAAAGCGAGGGAGGGCUCAACAGCUAUUCAUUCCCAGCAUUGGAGGCUCGUUAAAUUGCUCUGUUUCUGUGCAGUCGUUGUCAUAAAGGGUUUAGCAUGAGUUUGGCGCUUCUGUGUUUAUUAUGUGGGUUGUAGAAGAAAGGGGCAAUGAUAGCCGAGAUGGCAGUUCGUAAGAAACAGGAUACCCCGAGGUUGUACGGAGGAUAAAGCUG